AUGGCGCACUUGGGCAGCGGCAGUGCUGGUGCUAACUCUGCUCUCCUCAUUACAGUGGCCCACCCUCUGGACACCCCACAUCUUCCAUGGGAGCUGCCUCCAGGACUCUCAGAAAAUAUCAAUAUGACUUUCCUCAAUGGGGUGUUUAAAACUGUGGAAGGAGUGGCAGAAAUUUUUGACUGCCUGGGCUCCCACUUCACCUGGCUGCAGGAUGUCUUCACCAACUUCCCCGCACUGCUCCAGUUCGUGAAUGGUAUGAAGUGUGUGGCUGGUCUCUGCCCCCGGGACUUCGAAGACUACGGCUGUGCCUGCAGGUUUGAGAUGGAAGGGCUGCCUGUGGACGAGUCUGACAGCUGUUGCUUCCAGCAUCGCAGGUGUUACGAGCAGGCUGCUGAGAUCGACUGUCUGCAAGACCCCGCCAAGCUUAGCACAGAUGUCAACUGUGUCAGCAAGAGUAUCACCUGUGAGUCCGGGGACGCUUGUGAGCACCUGCUGUGUACCUGUGACAAGGCUGCCAUAGAGUGCUUGGCUCAGUCCAGUAUCAACUCUUCCCUGAAACUUCUGGACACGUCCUUCUGUCUGGCUCAGCCUCCAGAGACAACCAGCAGGAAAGAGGCGCUGACACUUCUGCCCAGAGUGGUUCCUGUGGAGCCCAUGGACUCCAGCCUGACGGCCCUCUCAGGAGAAGAUGAACACAGGGGGACCGGGACAGAACCAGGCCAAGUCCAGGAAGACACAGAAGAUGCAAGGGCCACACCUUCUCCAGGGUCUGCAGAGAUUGUUGCCACAGCUAAAGGUGUAACCAUCGUCCCUGCCGGCAUUAAAUCUCUGGGGUUGGCUGUGUCAUCCGUCAGAAGUGGUCCUGAGGAGACAUCUGGAAAAGCCUGUGACAGGUUUACCUUCCUGCACCUGGGAAGCGGGGACAACACUUGGGUGAUGCCACAGCUUGGAGAGAUGCUCUUUUGUCUGACAUCCCGGUGCCCGGAGGAAUUUGAAUCUUACGGCUGUUAUUGUGGGCAGGAAGGACAAGGCGAGCCAAGGGACGCUCUGGACAGGUGCUGUUUGUCCCAUCACUGCUGCCUGGAGCAGGUGAGAAGGCUGGACUGCCUGCUCAAGAGGCUUCCUCGGUCACCAGUGGUAUGCGUGGAUGGUACCCCCAAGUGUGUAGGGCAGAGCCUGUGUGAGAAGCUGCUUUGUGUCUGUGACCAGACAGCAGCUGAAUGCCUGGCCUCUGCCUUCUACAACCAAAGCCUCAAGUCACCUGGCAGACAGGAGUGCCAGGGCCACCGGCCGUCCUGCGAGGACGGCAGGAUUUCAGCUUCAUCCCUUGGCUCCAGCUCUGAGGAGAACAGCGUGGAGGCCCCGCCGCCCAGGGAGGGCCUGAGAAGAACCAGAAGAUUCCUGGGGAAGUCACUUGGUCUCCUGGGGACCAGGCCACAGCAUGGCCCCAGAUAG